AUGACCAAGCCAUCAACAACUAUUGUUCUAUUGGAAAUCCCUCCAGAGAAAGAAACUUUUGGCGAACAACAAUUCUCAAACAGUCAGUGGACUGUGGUUCAAGUACCACAACAAGUCACUUCUUUAGGUACUUCGUGUUUUUUGAAUUGCCAAAAUCUACGUCAAAUUAUACUUCCUGAUGGUCUUAAAGAGGUUGGCAAACUGUGCUUUUCUCUAUGCACUUCUCUUGUUGAUAUCAAGCUACCAACAACCCUUGAACGUCUUGAAAGUGGAAUGUUUGCUAACUGCUCUUCUCUCAAAGAUGUUGAUUUUUCAUCUGUCAAAUUUGUUGGCAAAGAGUGUUUUCUCUGUUGCAGUUCACUUUCAGCAGUGGACUUCUCAGAGAAACUAGUAACGCUCGACAAGUUGUGUUUCUCAAAGUGCAUUUCUCUCAGAAGUGUUUCUUUCAAAGACGGGGUGAAGCACAUUGGUCCACACGCAUUUUCGGGGUGCACAAAUUUGCACAUCAACUUUCCAACGACCUUAAAAUGCUUUGACAAGAACAUAUUGGUCGAACCGUCAAGUAUUGCAGUUGAUGGUGUUAUUAAGAUCACCGACAGUUCUGUUUUCUUUAAAAAGGAAAAUGUGUUAUAUUCGGUACAAGUGAAUUCGAAUGGGAAACCAUUUAAAGUGAAUGGAAGUUUAUUCACACCAAAAAACAAAUCAAUGAAUUACGAAAUAGGAAAUUUAGUCGCAACAAUUUCAAAAUUUUGCUUUGAAAAUGAGAAAUGUAUUACUUCACUGAAAUUCAGUAAAAAAUGCGUUUCGAUUAUGACGAGCGCUUUUCAGAACUGUUCGUCACUCAAAGAAGUGUGUAUACCAAUAGGAGUCACUUCUAUAAAACGAUUGGCAUUCGCAAAUUGUGUUAAUCUCGAAAAAGUGACGUUGUCUGCUCAAGUAUCAACACUCAACAAAGGGACAUUUUCUUCUUGUCAGAAGUUGGAGAGUAUAACUCUUCCUAAUAGUGUGAGGAACAUUAAAAGUGAAUGUUUCAAAAAUUGUUUUAACUUGAGAAACGUCAUUUUGCCGGAAAGGCUUUUGUCUCUUGGAAACAGGUGUUUCGAAGGGUGUAAUUUAACAGAUGAUUUUACAAUACCAAAUACUGUAAGAAUUAUUGGGAAAGGGUGUUUCAAUUUUUGUGAAGAUAUUGCAGACCAAUACUACACUUUUCCCGAUACAACAGAAAAGAGAUUAGGUGACAUUUAA